GUGUUUUGAUGACGCCAUCACUGGGACUUUCCGGAUACGUCACUCGGGGCUUCCGAGUUAUUUAGCUAGCUCUACCGCUGUGUUCAUGUCGUUGAACCCUGUUAACGUCGCUGCGUUGGUCUGGAGUACACGCCAAAAGAGAACAUGAAUACCCCGAAGACUCCUAAGAGCGACAAAAAGUUUGACUAUUGAGACGUCGUCGUCAGGAGCGACGGUUAGAGAGAGAGCCAGAAUGUCAACAACGCGGCCCCUCCUCGGAAUGAGACGAGUCACCGAGCUAACGUGCCCGGAGCAGCCGAGCAGCAGGCUGCCUGCGCCCGCCAGCAGGCAGCAGCAAGAAGCCCCCACAGUGGACGAGUUUACAGUCCUGGAAGAUAAAGAAGAUGAGCUGAAAUGCGCCAAGCAUAGAGUAGAGCAGGUUUUUAAAGUAGCGUUCACCAUUAUUGGGCUGCUGGACCACACAGGACAGCCGCACGGCAACAAAACAUUACGGCAGAUAUGGCUGCAGCUUAGAGGAAACAGAGAAGACGUAUCAAAGGCAAAGGAAUAUGUUCGAGGACUGUGCGACCCAGAACUGCAGAAAGAAGAGCGAUACCCCGUGGACAUGCACUGUAUUUUUGCUGGCGCCCGGGGCCUUUUUUUGGACAGGCUCAUACGGGACACAAGCGCUGAGGUUCUGGUGCAAAAGCCAGGCUGCCUGCGGCUGCUGGGUCGGGCUGAGCCUGUCGUGAUGGCUCAGAGCAGAGUUCAGCAAUUUGUAGCAUUAUUCCAGGAGAAGCGAAGCCUACCAAGUGACAGAGAGCCAACAGUGAAACGAGCAUUCAAGUCCUUCGUGGAGGAGAGGGAUGAUAAGUACACUAUGGAGCUCUUGCUGCUUCCCAGCGCCCUGAAGGAGGAGUUACUGGGACUCGUUCACAGUCCUUCAAACACAAACGCCUCUUCUCUGAUGUUGCAUCCAAGCCUGGCGGAGGUUGACCAGGACCGCUCACAGAGUAGCACCCCUGUGACGGAGCUCUCCAACCGCAUCCUGGACACUAGUUUUGAAGAGAAAGGGACCACAGCGUCAUCUGUUGGUGGAGGGAGUAAAGCGGGAGGUGGAAUCGGUUUAGGGCCCGAGGCAGUCCUGCUCAACAGCACUCGGCCCACGCACAAGCGGCGCUCAUCUGGGAGCGAGACUCGGGACACAAAGAGACAGUACUCUCUGGAGCGGAGGGAGGAGUCACCGGAGAGAGCAAGAGAAAGGGAGCGACAGAGGGACAGGGAGGGUCGGGGGGGCAGUAGCAGCUGUAGAUCCAAAACCCCCUCUGCUUCAGCAUCCCUCUCCUCCACAGCGAAAGCAAACACAGUAUCCGGUCCUAACAUGCUGGAGUGCGGUGAGGGUGUCUCAGAUGACGGAGAGGCUGUCAGCCCAGAAACCAACCUCCGCUGCCUGGUCAAUUUUUUCAGAACCAUGGGUUACCAGCAGGAAGUGGUGGAGCGUGUUGUCAAGGCAACAGGACAGACUGAAGAUACCUUCCUCGUCCUGGAGAAAAUUGUGGAGGAAACGAAGCGUUGUGAGGAGGGCUCGAAAGGAGCGGAAAAAGAAAGAAGACUGAAUUCUGUGCGUACCCCAGACGCUCCCGCCCCAUCGUCAUCCAUCUCUACAGUCACCCGCUUCAGAGAAAAGGAGCAUGAGCUGAGCAGAGUGUCAGUGGACCCAGGGAGGUCUAAAGAGAACAUUAAGCCCAACCAGUAUGGAAGCAGCAGCAACGGGCUUGGGCACCGGAGGCAGUGCAGCAGCAGCGAGACAAGCACUCAGCAGGCAAUCACUAUCAAGAGGAGCUCUAGCGCUCAAGGGGGAGCAGGGAACUAUGAGGUUAUUACCAUUGACGAUGACGAAGAUAUCAUCCCCACCGAUACCAAAACAGCAGACAGAACGUCUCGGAUGAUGACGGUGGCACACCUCGACGCACAGUCAGGAUCCAGAACUGACUACUUGGCACGGGGAGGGGGAGGCGUCCUACAGAGGGACUACCUGUCCCGAGGUGGGACUCAGACUUUGGGAGGAUCUGUGAAAGUUGAGAGCGUAACAGCGCUGCGCAGUAAUCCUCAUUGGCUGACUGCCACCACUACCUCCCUUUCUUCGACCACUAGUUCAGCUCAGCCCAUCACCCGGCCGUCAGCCUCUCCCUAUCAGACAAUCGGCCACAUGGGGUUCCACGGGGGAGCGGCACGGAUGCCUCCUGCAAAUGACCCACCAGCCCCACCGGUGACUGGUUUGGCUCGUUUUCAUCAGUCACUGAAGACUCCCUACACACUGAAGCUACCGAAUGAGCCGGGAGGUUCGGGGCUCAGACACAUAAUCAUAGACGGCAGCAACGUGGCUAUGGCUCAUGGCCUUCAUCGGUUCUUCUCCUGUCGUGGUAUAGCACUAGCAGUGGAGACGUUUUGGAGGAGAGGCCACAGGGAAAUCACCGUAUUUGUCCCUCAGUGGCGUCAGAAGAGAGAUCGACUAACAACAGAGCAACAUUUUUUAAACCAGCUAGAAGACCUGAGGCUGCUGUCUUUCACACCCUCCAGAGAAGUCUGUGGCCAGAGGAUAUCCUCACAUGACGACAGGUUCCUGCUCCACCUAGCAGAAAAAACAGAUGGGAUCAUUGUAACCAAUGACAAUUUGAGGGAUUUUGUUGACACCUCGGACACCUGGCGUAGGAUCAUUCAAGAGAGGUUGCUUCAGUUUACGUUUGUGGAGGACCACUUCAUGAUCCCUGAUGACCCUCUGGGAAAGAACGGGCCUCACCUUGACGUCUUCCUGUGUAAAGACAUCUGGAGGACUCCAGGCACGCCUCCCCCUCUGAGACCCCCGGACCUCCGACCUCCUUCGCAGCAGCAGCAGCCAGUUUAUGUCCAGGCUCUUCACUCUGCUCCACGGAAUCCCACCUCCCUGAUGGCCCACACCACUGCGCACUGGCCCCACUCCGGGCCCCCGGAAUGGCAUCCGCCUCGUCGUUCCCCCUCGCCCUCGCCCUCACCCCCACCCCAGCGGUCACCGGGAGAGACGUCGGAGCUGAAGAAAAAGCUGUACGACAUCUUCCCUGACCAGAAGCAGCGGAUUGACCGUAUCCUCAGCGACAACCCAUACAUGAGAGACCUGAACGCUCUUUCUGGGUUGCUGCUUGGAUAAAAAAAAACUGUUUCAAUUAUGAGAAUCAGCAAAUACACACGCAAGGAUAUAUAUGUGUCAGCAUAAAAAUAAUUUAUUUUACCAUCUCUUCCACCUUGGAGGACACUUUUUUUUUUUUUUUUAUCAUUAUUGUUAUUUUACAUCGAGACUGUUCAUCGAACUAGCUGCUAUUGUUGAAAGGUAUUGUUUGGGAUGUUUUAUCUCUUUUCUCUCCUUCCUCCUUCACUUUCAGGUUGAUUAAGGUGGACAGCACUGGUGUUUACGCAACCAAAGUGUUAACAAGUUGCCAUAUUUGUCAAGCAAAAAAAAAAAAAAGAAGUCUGUAGAAAUGGUAAUAAAUCAUUUCUUGGUUUCUUGACAAGAGUCCAGAUUUUCCAUGAAUGUGGGACCAGCACUGGGAGAGUAACAGCAGUGAACCACUCUGAUUGGACAGUGGCUUGGUUUCCUCUCCUGAACUUUGCUCUCUGUCAGACUUCUUAAUACAGACUCAGCUUCUUCUCAGCUUUUUGUUGACACUUGAGUGACACUGGCAGGUUUUUGCAUGUUUUUAAACUUUCAGCAAAGCUUUUUUUUUUUUUAUAACACACUGUCAGGCAGUACCAGGAUAUGGAGCCCAAUAUCAGUGAACAGUUUGUGCAGUUCAGAGUCAUUCAACAUUAACAUGCAGUUGUUCGAGUUCAGUUUUAAGGCAGAAUUUCCGGAAGCAUGAUGAGAUCAGUAGCGUGAAAGCGAUAACAGUGAAGAGAAAUCCCAGAAAGCAGUAGUUGGUCAGAAAUUCAACCUAAAUUUAUUUCAGAAGCAGGAAAUUGCAUCAAAGCUUCUCUUUUGGCAGCUGAGUACAUUAAAGAAAUGCCUUUAGGCAUGCUUGUGGCCAACAUUUUGAGGCUGUGUAAAUGGGCAACAAUCACAUGCUGUUUUCUUUUAUUGAAUUUAGAUACAGUUCAUUGUGUGUGUGUGUGUAUCCAAGCUGAAUUCAAACAAUUAAAAUGAUCUUGUAAGUAAUCUAACUAAUUAAACCAGCUCUGCCUCCUCAAAAUGUUACCACUUUUUAGAUGCUUUAAUACACUGAUUUCCCCUGCAAAGGUAAAACAAUAUAAAAUUCUUUUAUUUAGUUUUAGGUUGUUUUUUUUGUUUUUUUCUCAAGUGUCGCCCAUUGGAAAUGCUGCCUUUUUUCCAUGAAUGAAUAUUACACUUGCAGCAACUCCCUAAUCCCAUCUUUUCUUGUAGGUUUGUGUUCUUUCUCAAACCUGUGCUUUAUAAAUGAUCUCGGAAACAAACCUGAAUUUGCUGCUCUGAUCAUCUUUAAUGUCACAUUUCUUCCCAGACAGACCUGUUCCUGGCUGUAAGUCUCUGUCUUUAGGUGACACAUGUCAGUUGUCUGACCUCGAAUGGAAACAAACACUAAAACAGUUUCGAUUUACCCUUUGAGAAUUAAUUUACAUUUAAAAUUAUCCAUCCUAAGUUUGCUCAGAAGAAAAGAAAAAAAAUGUGAAGCAGGCAGUGAAGGCAGUUGUGGUGUAGUGAGUAAAACAAGGUUUCAUUGGUGGAUUUUCAGAAGGCCUGCAGUGUUUUUACUUCACCCUCACACACCCAGAGAAUGUGGGCUGCAGCUUGCAUAUUUAAUGAGCAUCUGAGUUUUUGUAACUUACAAACACUUUCAUCUCCUUGUAAGAAAAGAAUCUCUGCACAAAAACUUUACAAGGUGUCAGAAACUUUUGUUUGUACUUGCUCUGUUGUUAUUGUAAGGAUUACUGAAGGAUUUCUUUUCUCUUGUAUUAUAAUUCUUUUGUGUAUAUUUCAUUUUUGUAAAUAUGCGCAUUUUUGGCUACAGUGCACAUAUGGUUCUAUGUAUGUGGAAAAAGAAUAAAAUGCAGCAUUCUCCGUAAAAAUGAACAAACCCUAUCCCCGUUUUUCCCCCCCCAUCAGCGGUUAAAUGAAAACAUUAACACUUGUGUCUGUUGUCCCUUUGCUAACAGCAUACUGACUGCUUACUUUAAAUGUGCUAAUGUUGUAAAUACCGUACUUCAGUACCAGAAGGCUCGGACACACUAGUGCUGUGUUUCUAUUAGUACCUACUCGGCGCCGGUCGGCACGACUCGCC